GGCACAACUGAUGCUUAAAUUCUCUUCUAUUGGAUAUUUGUAAGAAUUCACAUAAUUGUCAGUCUCCUUGAUAGAUUGUUAAAUUUACCAUUUUACAGAAGCAUUGUUUGUCAUCUUGGUCUUUAUUUAUUCUCUUCAGUAGGUUAGUUAAAAGACACUAUGCUGUAAAGAUGGGAGGAAAGAUAUAUAGAAAUAAUACAUGUUAUCCUUUUCUUAUGCCAACUUCUUCAAGCUUUCUAGUGUGUUUUUUUUGACAAGGCGAGCGGGGUUUUAGAUGGGAUUAAAAUCCUUGUGUAUAUGGACACGUGCCAAGUGAGACUUUAACCUCAAACCUCCACUGGAGGGAGAGGUGUAAUUACUAACCUCCAACUGGAGGGAGGCCUGCAAUAGCUUGUUCUACCUGUGAUGAUAAUGGGAGCCUUUAUACCAGGGUUGAGACGGAAAUACCCACUUCAUGAAUACAUAUCAGCAAUACUUUUGGUAGUAGGACUGAUUCUUUUCACUUUAGCCGAUGCUCAGUCUUCCCCAAAUUUCAGCAUCAUUGGUGUUAUUAUGGUGUCUGGUGCAUUAGUUAUGGAUGCUUUUCUUGGAAAUCUUCAAGAAGCUAUAUUUACCAUGAAUCCUGAAACAACACAGAUGGAAAUGCUCUUUUGCUCAACUGUUGUCGGUUUGCCUUUUCUCAUUCCCCCAAUGCUUUUAACCGGAGAACUGUUCAAGGCAUGGACUUCCUGUUAUCAGCAUCCCUAUGUGUAUGGCGUGUUGAUUUUUGAGGCCAUGGCAACCUUUAUUGGCCAAGUAUCUGUCCUUUCUCUCAUUGCUAUCUUCGGUGCUGCUACUACUGCUAUGAUAACAACAGCUAGAAAGGCAGUAACAUUACUGUUAUCAUAUAUGAUCUUUACAAAGCCCUUGACCGAACAACAUGGAACUGGAUUGAUACUGAUAUCCAUGGGGAUCAUACUUAAGAUGCUUCCUUUGCAGGACAGUACUCCAACCAAGAGGUCUACAAGACCAUCCAUGGCUGCUAUGGUUGAAAUAUCUUCUAAUAGUGAUAAAAGCAUAGAUGUAGUAGAUAAUGAUGAAGAAGAACAAAGACCUUUAGUCUAACAGUCUGAUCUGAACAACAGUGAAUCGUCAGGUGAUAUUUGUCUAUCUUUGAUUCGUUUUUAUGAUUUUUAUGUUAGUCGUAAAUAUUUAAUGAUUUGCUUAUUAAUUGAAAUCAGCGUGCACA